AUGGCGUAUUGCAAGGAACGCACAUUUGACGAAGACAAAUUUUCAGAAGCAGUAAAUAUUGCUUGCUGUCUUCUACAAGUAAAUUUAUUUUAUGAUGAUCAAAGGGAAGCUCUUCGAAAGUUUUUCAAAGGCAAUGAUUUACCCUUCAGCGCUCAUACUGGAUACGGGAAAUCGUUGAUUUUUCGAGCAAUACCGAUAAUUGCGGAUGUAUUGCAAGAUGAAGUGAUUAGUACAAGUACAGUGCUUGUUGUUUCGCCUCUGCUGUCCCUGAUAAAAGACCAAAUUAAGCAUGUCAACGAAACAUUCGGUAUCUCUGCUGCUGGGAUAUUCAAUGGACAAGAGGAGGAGAUUAUGCGAGAUAUUGAGGAGGGUGUAUAUUCAUUGUUCUACACGACACCCGAAUGUUUGUUGGGAAAUAGAAGAUGGAGAACGUUGGCAAGUUCAGAAAUAUUUCGCCAACAGUGCGUAGCAAUCAUUGUUGACAAAGCACACUGUUUGGUGCAAUGGUAA